UGAUGUCAUGCUGCUCACGAGUAGGAGGCUGAGCUUUUUUUGAGGAGGUUGAGUGCGAACUAAAACGGUGGAAAAGAUUCAGGAAAGGAACUUAAAAUCAUACGGGGUGGAAACAUUUUCUCCUGUAGGAUUUAUUGUUUAUUUCUGUACAGUGGGGAAUUGACAUCAAGGUGUCUGCAUCGUCUUUAAAGAAAGGCUACACUUUUUCCAGCCAUGGAAACACUACAGAAGAUAAGGGACAGUUCUUGUGAAAUUAGCGUUGAUGUCAGAUUUAUGAAACGAAUAGUUUGGCGAAACUUGGAUUAAUUGGUCUCUGGGCGGUUCCAUUGGCGAUACCACAAGGCGAUGCCUCCCCAGGGCGAUGGAGAAUAUAAACCUGUAGCAGUGUCGGCGGCGGUCCCACCGGUUCCCCCUCGGAGGGUUCGGAGCAGAGAGUCGUGUUCGGGCUCCAAGUGUCGUUCCGGUGGCGUAGAGCGCAAAGUGAAGUGUGUGCUUGUCGGUGACGGGGCAGUUGGGAAAACGAGCUUGAUUGUCAGCUACACCACAAAUGGAUAUCCAACUGAAUAUGUCCCAACUGCUUUUGAUAAUUUUGCAGCGGUCGUUGCAGUUGAUGGCAAGCCAGUAAAACUGCAGCUUUGUGACACAGCUGGCCAGGAUGAGUUUGACAAACUGCGUCCGCUCUGCUACACCAAUGCAGACAUCUUCCUGCUGUGCUUCAGCGUCGUCAGCCCCUCUUCUUUCCAGAAUGUGACAGAGAAAUGGGUGCCGGAGAUUCGCCGGCACUGCCCGCAGGCGCCGGUGGUUCUGGUGGGCACCCAGUCAGACCUGCGGGAGGACGUCAAGGUUCUGAUCGAGCUGGCCAAGUACAAAGAGAGGCCAGUGGAGCCCCAGGAGGCCCAGCAGUGUGCCGAGGACAUGAGGGCUGUGUCAUACAUGGAGUGCUCCUCACUCACGCAGAAGAAUCUCAAAGAGGUGUUUGACGCAGCCAUCGUGGCCAGCAUCCAGCACUCUGACAGUCGGCAGCAGCAUCGACUGAAAAAACGGACUCCAGACAAGAUGAAGAAGCUUUCUAGGUCGUGGUGGAAGAAGUACUGCUGUGUGGCCUAGCCUCUGUCUGACACGUGGGUGCCAAUUUUGUUUCCAUGUCAGCACGCUAAAAGACUUCAGGGGCAGUAAGGAAAACAGCCACCGGAAUAUGGGCGAAGGUCUGGUCUGGAGUAUCUGAGAUAUGUGAAGGUUAGGCCUCAAUGACCCCAUGCUAUUUUUGCUUUACCAACGUGAGCUGCAAUGGAGACAGAGCUAACUUCCCUCGAAGUGCGGUUUGAUAAGACAACUCAUUGACUUCCCCUAUCUUAUAUCCAUGAUCCUGAAGGACACACAGCUUCCGAUAGACAACUGUGAAAUAUCAAACCCUCUUGAUAACUAGGAGGGUCUAUGUUGUUAUAUUGUUGUUUUAUUGACAUGGUUUACUCUGACCUUUCCCAUGGUAAGUGUAUGCAAACUCAGAUUAAUUUAGCAUAUGACAUUGAGUCAACUUCCCGACGUGGGAUUUACCAUCCCUUUGAUUUAGUAAUCCCUAUGUUAAAAGAAAAAUGCAUUGCCGUAAUCAGAUAAUUCGAGGAAAGUACUGUGUAACAUUCAUUGUUUUCAUUCUUGUUCUUUCAGCCCAUAUUUGAGAGCCUUGUUUAGCUUGUUGUCUAAUGUACAAACCGCUCAGAAACACUGAAAAAUGGAGCCCUGCCUAUGUUUUUCGAAUUUCUAACUGGUAUUUACAUUAGGACAUGGGUUCUGUCCAAGCUCACAUGAGGGUCACAGUCUCUAGCUAUGUGCUGGAAUUCUAACUGGACAUGUUGAGCUUUGGUUCACUUGACCAUAACACCACCUGAGGAGUCGUAAACAAACACUGUCAUGGCAACUGUUUGAUUUAUGUGUCGGAAGGUAUGUUUUGGUCUACCAUGAGGAGGGGACAAAUUGUGUUUUUUAAUGUUUAUUCUAGGAGUUUAAAAGUGGAAGAGCAAUAUUUUAUUUUAAAUUACAUACAGUAUGUCAACCCAUACAACUUGUUUAUCUGUCAGUCGUUUACCGUCCAUGUUGUACACAACAACACAAUAUAUGUGAGUCAACAUUUCUUUGUUGUUAAAUUCUUGGAAGUCUUUUGAACUUUUACCAUUCAAGAGUCACACAAAUUAUGUACUAAUACUCUUCUGGGUUGUUUCUUAGUUUUUAAGUGCAUUGUUAAGCAUUAUAUUAUAGCAAUGAAUGAUUAUUAUUCUCUCCAAAAAUGUCAACAUAUUUCAAAGCAAUAUAUCUUAACUGUGAAUCAUGAAUUAUAUGUAUAUUCACUGUAAUCUUUUUUUACUGUAUGAAUGCCCAACUGAGAACUGUACAGCAACCAGACGUGUAGACCAGACGUGUAGACUAUAGUGCAUAAUGAAUUGUAUAUGAAGAGGCAGUUUGGACAUAUAGAUUACACUGCCUAAAGAACAGGUCUAAUGGACAACACAUUUAGUGUGUACACAGUAUCCCUGUUGUUAUCAGUUGACUGCCCAUCCCACUAUUCUGCACAGUUUCCAUUACUCUGGGGCUUUACAAUGUCUGCUGUGGUAUCAUGUUUGAUUUAAAUCAUGAUAGCAAAAAUAUUAUAUCUGAUUGAAUGGGCCUAAUGGCCUAUGUAAUGCUCUUUUUGUUUGGGCAUGUGUGCAUUGGAAUCAUGAUAGCAUGUAGAAGCCGAGCUGUGCUUAGUGAAGGGUUAAAUAUGAAAAUAGGUCAUGGAUCAAACUAUUGGACACUCCUGGUUACCAGAUUCUCUUGGUUACCAGAUUCCCAGGAAGUUCAGACAAUUUGGAGAGAACAGGGUGAUAUCAGCAAAAGAAUACAAACCUGGGUAUUCAGAUUUCCUUAGAUAAAACACCACAGGCAGAAACAUCCCCAGACGACUUGGCCAAAAUAAUACAGAGAUAAUACAGGGCUGACUGCAGCUGAGUCAAUGUUAACGGAUCUUAACUACCAAACUCUGUUAGCUGUUAUUAAUGACUAUGAGCCAAUCAAGUAAUUUAGUAUCUUUCUGCUACCAUUACCCUGGAGGAAGUGUGUGUACUGUCCCGAGUAAGCUUAACAGCACCAUCAUCUUGGAACUGUUUGAAAAAAGUUUGUCAAUACCUAUAUUCCAUAUCACUGGGAUGUGUAUGGGAUGUCUGUCUCUGUAAAUACCGUGUUCUGAUUUGGGUAGGCCCAUAGAGAUUACAUUAUUUGAAUUUCAAAAUGUUAACUGUCACUUCUUUCAGUGAUAUUGUGUUUCAUGCAUUGUAACUCAAGCCUUGUAAUAGCUCUUCCAGUAGAAUGCCAAACUAAACCUUGGGGUAAACGAUACAGUUACCUGUAUGAUCACGUUAACCUCCUUAGAUGACCUGGAUGUGUCACCUGUGGAUGUGUGAUGGACCUCUGAAAGUGAAUUAUGAUGGAAGACAGAGAGAGAAUGGAGAAGUUUCACUGGAUCACUCUUAGUAGACCAUGUUGCAUCAACAGUCAGUUAAAUGUUUAUCAUCACAUACACCAUGACUAUACAUAAAUAAUAAUGUACAGCAAUUUAUCUCCUCAUUAUGAAAUACUAGUUAUUCCUUGAAAAGGAAAAGACAGGGAGAUGGGUGAAAUUGAAAUGUGACAUAAAUGCUUUAAAUAGGAUGGGUCUUUGGAUGUGAUGUGGGUAAGUGGUAAGUGUUUGUGGACAGUGGUGCACAUACCUUUGGACAGGUGUCUUUUCUGGGUCAUUUUGAAUGUUGGGUUCUUCAUAGCGACAUAGAAUUUUCAAACUUCUUCCAAUGACCAGUUUCUCAGUAUUGCGUGGAUUAUUUUCUCAGCACAAAUGCAUUUAACAAAGAUGCAUUUAUUCAAAUGAGUAUAUUUGUUACCGUGCACAUCACAUGGUGUACUAUAUAUACUUUUGUGUUUCCAAGCUAUGACUUCCAGCAAGCAUGGAGGUUCCAUGAUCUCUGUUCAGGGCUCUGUGGGGGAUAAUAACAGCUCACAUUCAGUGUAAUAUCAGAACAAAUAUCUGUUUGUCUGUAGUUUGAUACCUUUGGAAAAUAAAGAAUAUUUGGUAUA